UGUUUGGUGUCAUGGGUCGCAUCUUUCUUGAUCAUAUUGGCGGGACACGCCUCUUUUCCUGUGCCAACUGUGACACCAUCCUGACCAACCGCUCGGAGCUCAUAUCCACCCGCUUCACGGGUGCCACCGGCCGAGCAUUCCUCUUCAACAAGGUGGUGAAUCUGCAGUACAGUGAAGUUCAAGAUCGUGUGAUGUUGACGGGCAGACACAUGGUACGUGACGUCAGCUGUAAAAACUGCAACAGUAAGCUGGGCUGGAUCUACGAGUUCGCCACUGAGGACAGUCAGCGCUAUAAAGAGGGCCGUGUGAUCCUGGAGAGGGCGCUCGUGAGGGAGAGCGAGGGCUUCGAGGAGCACGUCCCGUCUGACGCGUCCUGAGACGUCUUAUCUUCUCUCACAUGUUCUGAGGAUGUUUAUCUCUGUGUCCUUCAGCGCUGUAUCUCACCUCCACAAACUCUGUAGAUGAACUCUGAGACUCCAUAUAUUUACAAAUAUAUGUGUAUACCAGGCGAAAGAUUCAUGACACCACAAAAUCUCUUAUUUUAUUGUUUACAACAUAUUUAAAGGGAUAGUUCACACAAAAAUGAGAAUUCUCUCAUCAUAAACUCGCCUUUAUGCCGUCUCAAACUCGUAUGACUUUCUAUCUUCUGCUGAACACAAAUGAAGAUAUGAACACAUAUCUUAUAACAGUCACAAAUCUGUUACACGGCUGUGAAAUAGCCUGUUAUUGUCUUCCUCACCGCUAGAGUGCCUAAUUUCUUGUAUAAGUCGAGGUGUGACGGGGACAGCAUUGGAAGCAUGGCAUGCUAACAGUGCUCAAACACUUCAGGAGUCCUUGUUGAAGAACGGCUGUUUUAUGCUCAACUUAAAGAAAUUGUUUUAUUUCAUUGUUCUCAAUGUAUAUUUUGGAUGUUGAUAAGUCUGUUGAGCUUAUUGUGAGAAGUGUUUGUUUAUAGUUUGUUUACGUUGAAUUGUACUUGGAUUGUUUAUUUAAUAUGGUUUUUGUUAAUAUGGACUUUUCUAUCUAUGUUUUGAAGUUAUGUACAAACUGCAUACAAGUUGCCUUCUACUGCUACUCAUGUCUUGAAUUCUAUACUGUCCUGAGCUUUAAGAGGCAUGAAUCAUCUGGAUUAAUUUCUGUUUGAGGAUAACACACUGAAUCACUCAUCAUUCACUACCUUCUGCUAUCACUGAACUGUUUCAUUCUGGAUUCAAUAGGCUGAACAUUACACAUUCAUUGCUUUGCAUUUUGUCAUGCUUUGAUUUCAUGUAUGUUUUGUUUGCAUUGAGAUGUAUUCUUUAUAUCGUUUAUUUAUUUUUCUUAUUCAAAUUCUACAUAAAAGAUCUGGUCAUUCAUUCAUUUGGCAUUCCUAAUUCUUAAUGUUUGGUGGACAACAAAGUGCUAUAGAUCCCCCCUUUAUGUAUCAUAUAGCUGGUUUUGAGUUUAAGAAGCAUCAUAAAGGUAAUCCAUAUGACUCCAGUGGUUUAAUCCAUGUCGUCUGAAGUAAUAUGAUAGGUGCUGGGAGAGAAAAAGACCGAAAUGUAACUCCUCAUGAUUGACACAUGCAAAGAUGCUUUCAUGUCCUUUUUGGAGCUUGAAAGUGUUGGACCCCAUUGACUUCCAUUGUAUGUCAUAUCUUCAUCAAAAUAUCUUCAUUUGUGUUCAGCAGAAGACAGAAAGUCAUACGAGUUUGAGAUGGCAUGAGGGUGAGUUAAUGACAGAAUUAUCAUUUUUGGGUGAACUAUCCCUUUAAGAAUGACAAACACUGAUAAUCUGCUUUGAGUAUAUGGCCAUAAUAGGAUUUCAAUUCAUUUUUCAGUUUUUAUUUGUAUAGAAAUGGAAAGAUAAAUGAAUAUGCUCGUAUGUUCUGUAAUCCUCUCCAUUAUUACAGUCUUUGUGAUGUUCUGAGGAACUGCACAAACACACGAGGAGUUUAUGAAUGUACUGAAUGACGUCUCGACUGAUUUCUCCAAAUUAAAGUCAAGUAAAGUUUAGAGAUUGCCUAACCAAUAAGAACUAUUGUAUCAUCUUUAAUAACCCAUUUGGGUGGCAUAUCUUCAAUAGUUUCUGGUGAGACCAUGAAUACUUCUACGGUCAUGUGACCUGUGCAACAAUGACCAAACGAGUUGAGCUGAUUGCAGUCGGACAGGAUUUAAAAAGCUCCAUUUAAGCCCUUUCUGGCUGAACAGGGUUUCUGUUGUUUAGCUGUCAUAAAGUCACGAGACUCAGAGAACAUGAACUGCAUCCACUGAAAACAUCUGAGAAACAUUAAACAUCUGCAACUGAGCAUAUACAUGUUAUUUGGACACAACGCCGUGUUUUACACAUUUGAGAGGAAUGUUGCGGUUAUCUCUGUGUGUGUUGUGCACAUUCACUAAAACGCCAUGAUUUCAAGAUUUCAAAAACGUGAUGGUGGAUUUGUUCUGCCGCACACUCCCAGUUUCUCCUGAUUAAAGGUUCUGUACCUUCAGCGUGGCACUUUACUGUACUGUAAGUAUCUUGAUGUUCUGAACAAAUUCUUCACAUGAUUAAGACAAUGUUCUGUUUAGUGUUGUUGUUUUACUGAUGUUGCUCUUGCCGUCUGUUUAGUUCUGAUGUAAAAGUACAACAGUUUUAUGCUUCUCAAUUUGUCUUAUUUUCUCAGUAAAGUGUCUUGUCUUGCAUUAACAGAAAUCUCAUUGUGAAGGUAAUAUUUGCACUAGUUAAAUGGUCUUAGAUUGCUCUGUGACAUAUAAUAGUUCUGUUAAUUAGAGUAAGAUGGUGCACAUGAGGUUCAUUUUGUUAUCUGUCUGACUUUUUAAGAAGAAUUAUAAUUUUUCUCCCCCAGUAUACUUGUGUGAAUGAACACUUCAU